AUGUCCGACUCAGAAGGCCAUGGCAGGCUAGCUGAACAAAUCUUCUCAUGGUCCAUGGAGGAUGUCCUCGACCCUGAUUUCUUCAAGCACAAGGUGAAGAGGAUACCGAUGACCUUCGAUACUGUUGAGAACUAUUUGCGGUCGUUCACUUAUCCAUUGCUGGAAGAACUACGGUCAGAAAUGUGCUCUAACCUGAAAGACAUAUCCCGUGCUCCUUUUGCCAAAAUAGAGCAACAUAACUGUAUGAAUCACAAAGAGCGUGUAUAUCUCAUGGAUGUUGAACGUCCGGCUGAUCGACGCAAAGCUCAUGAUAGGGAAUUCAAUGCACGCAAAUAUGGUGACAAAAUGCCUGUCCGGAAUUUCUCAAAUAGAGGAAGAGGUAGCGUUGCUAGACCAUGCAAAGAUGCUAUUGGAUCUCGGAGUUCCUCUGAUGGAGGCAGAAGUGCUGGAUCCUAUAGGCCACGCGUGGGUGACAUUCUUACAUUGUCACAAAGUAGGCCAUCAGAUGGUUUUGGUCCGAUGAUGGGUCAGGAGUCAUACUGCCUACUUGAGGUAAUUGAGGAUGAAUCUCUAGGACAUCCACAAGGAAGUUUUGCAGUGAGAGCAUCAAAAGAUAUUGAUGUUUCAAGAGGUGGCUAUUCGUGUAAAGAAAUAAGUGGCUUUUUUGUGGUUUAUCUAUUCAACAUGACAACAUACGUGAGAAUCUGGAAGGCAAUGAGUUUUGAACUUGCACAGAAGAGAAGUUUAAGUCUUAUUUAUAAGGUGGUAGAUUUUAAACUAGAGGAUGACAUGGGUGACAUUUCGUUUGCAACCGAUUCUGACUUUUGUAGCAUUCAGAACGUUGAGAUUGGAAUGAACAUGACAAAGUUAUCACUCAAUGAAUCUCAGACCAAUGCGAUACUGAGUUGCAUAUCGGCGAUCAAGAGUCAUAAUGAUACAUCCAUUAGACUAGUUUGGGGACCUCCAGGUACUGGAAAGACGAAAACAAUCAGUGGUUUAGUGUGGCUCUUAGAUCAACUGAGAUGCAGAACACUAAUUUGUGCUCCAACCAAUAAUGCUGUAAAAGAAGUUGCAUCGAGCUUGUUGAAGCUACUGAAAGAAUCCUCUGGGAUAAGUCCAUGUCGGUUGGGAGAUGUUGUUUUGUUUGGCAAUGAAGAAAGGCUGAAAAUUGGUGUUGAUCUGAGAGAUGUGUUUCUUGAGCACCGAGCAGAUAGCCUAAAACGGUGCUUUGGAAUUGGAUCACAUACUGGCUGGAAGAAUUGUCUUAGUUCAUUACUAGAGUUAUUUGAACACGGUGCAGAUUUGUACAGAACAUUUUUACAUAAAGAGAAGAUUAAGGAUGAUGAGAAGUACUACUAUGUUGAGAAUCCAUCCAGUCAGAGUGAGGAGACUUUUCUAUUGUUUGUUAGGAAAAAAUUUGCAGCUCUUUUAAAGGAAUUCAGGGAGUGUUUCAAUACUCUGUAUGUUCAUAUGCCGGCAGCUGCUUUGUCGGAAGUUUGCUAUAAACACAUUAAGAACCUUCUUCAUUCCCUUGAAUGCUUUAACACUUUUCUCUUCAAGAAAGAUGCAGGGAAUGAUCUGGAGAAAGUAUUUGGAUUCAGUUUUGAAGAACAAGAGGAGUCUCUGCCUGAAUUCAUUGAUUUUGUUGGUAGCAACAUCAAUACCUUUACCAAGCUAUUGAAGUUGAAAAUAGUUUGUUGCCACAAUGUAAAAUUGCUUGAGCAGUCAUUACAUCUACCUUCAUUUUCUGACAAGCAAAGCAUCAUGGAUUUCUGCUUGCAAAUGGCUAACCUUGUUUUCUGUACGGUGUCAUCUUCUGCCUUGUUAUACAGAUUGCAAUUAGCAAAGCCGUUCGAGGUUGUGGUUAUUGAUGAAGCUGCACAGUUAAAAGAAUGUGAAUCUCUAAUACCCUUACAGGUCUCAUCCAUAAACCAUGCAGUCCUUGUUGGCGAUGAAUGUCAAUUGCCUGCUCUUGUCAAAAGCAAGGUCUCAGAAAAUGCAAUGUUUGGUAGGAGUCUAUUUGAAAGGUUGAGUAAAUUAGGAUUCAAGAAACACCUUCUGAAUGUGCAGUAUCGCAUGCAUCCAUCUAUCAGCUUGUUUCCUCUUGAAAGAUUCUACAACUCCAAAGUAUUCAAUGGACCAAAUGUCAUCAAGGAGGACUACACAAGAAGAUUUCUUCCUGGAGAGAUGUUUCGAUCCUACUCCUUCAUAAAUAUUGUAGAUGGAACCGAGAGUUUUGACAGCCAUAGACACAGUACAAAAAACGACAUGGAAGUUGUUGUUAUCUUGCAAAUUCUUAGAAGCCUUCGUACAGCAACCAUGAAAAGUAAGAACAGAAUUAGUGUCGGUGUUAUCUGUCCUUACUCUGCACAAGUUGUUUCUGUUGAGGAUAAGGUAAGGAAAAUGCUUCCGUUGAGCUCAAAUAUGCCUGUUAAAGUUAGCACAGUCGAUGGGUUUCAAGGUAGUGAGGAAGAUGUUAUCAUACUUAGUACAGUGAGAUCGAAUGCAGAUGGUUCAAUUGGAUAUUGCCUUUGGAUAUUGGGUAAUGAGCCUACAUUAAGUAGUAGUCAAUCAAUAUGGGCAAAUAUAGUACAAGAUGCAAAGGUUCGUUGCUGCUUUUUUAAUGCUAUUGAGGAUGAGAGAAUUGCUAAAGCAAUCGAUAGAUCGUGUUGUUCCCAAAGUGAUACAGAUUCCCUUAACUUCAAUCGCCUAAACAUCAGUGAAAGUCCAAAGAAGGGUAAACAUACGAUUUCGAACUCUACUCAUUAUGGAAAUGCAUUGAAAUAUUCUGAAGCUUCUAAAGGCAAAAUGCCUCUCUCAAGCGAAAAUAAAAAGUCAAUCCAGAGAUUUGCAGAAAUUAUCUAUGAGCCUACUGAUCAGGAAUCUGAAGAUGAUAGUGCUAAAAUUGAUACUGGAGAAUCAAAAACGAUUGAAUAUACAGAGUCGAUCCAAAGAUCUGUAGAAGCUGUGCAAAUCUACCAGCCUACAGAUCAGGAAUCUGGAGAUGACAUUGUUAAAAUUGUUAUUGAAGAACUGAAAAUGAUCGAAUGCAAAAGGUCGAUCCAGGAAUCUGGAGAUGGCAUUGUUAAAAUUGAUUCUAAAUCUGCAGAAGCUGUGCAAAUCUAUCAGCCUACAAAUCAAGAAUCUGGAGAUGACAUUGUUAAAAUUGGUACUGAAGAACUGAAAAAUAUUUUACAUGAAUUGAAUGAUGCUGAUAGGAACCCUGCUGAUUCGAAGAUUUCCCAACUGCUCGACUUCUUGUGGCAACACAUCAGUCAUAAGGGUUGA